ACGACAAAUGACACCAGUGUGCCAUAGGAAACCGUUGUAAGAUAGCAACUCAUCAAACCGUCUGAACUAGUGAGAAAAACGAAACGACCGUGAUUCAAAAAUGAAAUUCGCCGUAGUGUUCGCUGCUGUUCUGGCCGUUGCCCUGGCUGCCCCGGUGGAAGAUCGGGACGCUCAAGUGCUGCAGUACGAGAACGACAACCAGGGACUCGAGGGAUACAACUUCAAAUAUGACACCAGCAAUGGCAUCCAGCGAGUGGAACAGGCACAGCUGAAGAGCUUCGGUGAAGAUGUCAGCGCACUGGUUGUGCGUGGUUCAUACUCAUACGUGGCUCCCGAUGGUCAGACCUACACCGUGAACUACGUUGCCGACGAGAAUGGCUUCCAGCCGGAAGCUCCCCAUCUACCACACGCCUAAGAGAUGUGUAGUGUACCUGCCAGUUAGCUUUAUGGGUUUUAUUCUAUGUUACUUGCAUAUGGUGAUACGAAACGAAAAAGAG